AGUUACCGCACGAGCUCUCGACUGUUGCCUGCAUCCUUUUACUCUUACCGACCGGUAUUACUGCUUUCCACGCCUUCCCAGUCAACACUCUCACCCAAUCCUCGACCCUCAUCCGUUUGGAGAAAGACAGAGAUGAUGACAACCAUAGAGACGUUCAUUGAAGUAGCUAAACUGGCCGAACAGGCCGAGAGGUAUGACGAUAUGGUAUCCGCUAUGAAUGGGGUCGUACAGAUGAAAGGGAAGGGAGACGAGUUGUCGCGUGAGGAACGAGAUCUACUCAGCGUCGCGUACAAAAACGCGGUCGGCGCGCGCCGUGCGUCUUGGAAAGUCGUCGAUAUGCUCAUCACACGUAAAUACGGAAGAGAUUCGGAAGUGGCGAUGGACUAUUGGGAAGAGAUUGCGACAGAGAUAAUGGAAAUAUGCAAGGGCAUGCUGGCUCUUCUUGAAGAAAACCUGAUUCCAGGGUGUCAGCAGGCCGAGUCUACGAUAUUCUAUCUAAAGAUGAAAGGAGAUUACUACCGCUAUUGGGCUGAGACUUCCACGGACGAGUGUGAUAUCAAAGACUAUGCACUGGAGCAAUCGGAGAAAGCUUAUUGGAUUGCAUUUGCAGCUGCUAACUAUGAUUUGCUUCCUACUGAUCCCACACGACUUGGAUUGGCUCUCAAUUUCUCGAUCUUUUACUAUGACGUGCUCCAUAAUCAAGAAAAUGCAUACAAUGUGGCAGAAAGGGCUUUUUGUGAUGCUGUAGAAGAGUUGGGAAGUCUUGAUGAGAAAUCGUACAAAGAUAGCACUCUCAUCAUAAGGAUACUUAGAGACUAUAUGAUAGAGUGGGCAUAUGGAGCAGACGAUCAAAAUGAAGAGAAUGCUGAAGGAGAUCAAGAAAACAAAAACUAGUAUUAAUUACUGUGGCAUUCUGCUUGCAACAAGACUUGUAAUGAGUUUUGCAUUGUGGCCUUCUAGUGACGCUGUUACUUGUUUUUCUG